AUGCCGAACGCGACGCCGAAACGACCGCGAACCGACGCCGGGAACGACAACGCGCGCGAGGACGACGAACGACGCGACGCCGACGACGACCGACCGGAACCCGAACGACGACCGAACGCGAGCGGAGAAGGCGAACGCGGAACGGACGCGACCCAACGGAAACGCGGCGCGAACGCGCGACGAACGACGGACGAACGACGGCGAAACCGAAACGGACGCGAACGACGACGGCGACCGAAACGAAAACGCGGACCGAACGACCGACGAACCGAGACGCGCGAACGGACGCGAACGACCGAUCGCGUACGGCGAACGAACGACCGAACCCGCGACCGAACGCGGACGCAGAACGACCGACCGACGAAAAAAAAACGCCGAACGCCGCGCCACGAACGCGACCGCGAGACGACGACGCGACGACGACCGCCGAAACGCGACGCGACGCGACGACGCGACGAACGCCGACGAACGCGAACCGGACCCGACGAACGGAACGAACGCGAACGACGAACGAGACGGGACGAACGCGCGAACCGCGCCGAACGAACCGACAACGACCGAACCGAACGACGAAACGACGGCCGCGAAACCGAACGC